AUGGCAAACUUUGGUCCGAAGGAGACUUCUCCCAACAUCAGUGCGGGACUACCAACUGAGAACGACACACUCACGAGGAGAUAUGACCUCGUCGAACAAAUGCAAUUCUUGUAUGUCAGAGUUGUCAGGGCUAGAGACUUGCCUCCUUGCGACCCUUACGUCCAACUCAGACUUGGAAACUACAGAGGGACCACUCUCUCCUCUCAGAGGACGCCAUUCCCUGCAUGGAACCGAGUCUUCGCCUUCGAGAAAGAUCGAAUUCAGGACUUGAACCUCGAGAUCGUAGUAAGAGACAGAAUGUUCAUGCCCCAUGCAUUCGUAGGUCGGGUUCAGUUUCCUGUACCCGAUGUUCCGAAACGGGUUCCGCCGGAGAGUCCAUUGGCACCGCAAUGGUAUAAGCUCGAGGAUCAGGGUGGGACGCCAAUUGUAGCAGAUAUCAUGCUGGCUGUGUGGAUGGGAACUCAGGCAGAUGAGUUUUUCCCUCAAGCUUCGUUUUCAGAUGCUACUUCGAUCAGUGUCGACGCUGUUGCUCAUACUCGCUCCAAGGUAUAUAUUUUACCGACAUUAUGGUACCUUAGAGUCAAUGUGAUUCAAGCUCAGGAUUUACUCCUCAGAUUCCAUCCGGAGAGCUCAGAUUUAUUCGUCCAAGUUGAUUUGGGGCGCCUACGUCUAAGAACAAGCUUUUCUAAGAAAAAGAACCCAAACCCGUUCUGGAACGAGGAUCUGAUGUUUGUUGCGCAAGAGCCGUUCAACGAGUCUUUGGUGAUCAGCGUAGAGCAAGGGACUUUGGCUGAUCAUGUGAGUUUGGGCAAGUGUGUGAUUCCUCUGAAAAACGCGGACAAGAGAUUAGAUGGCGGAGGGGUGGCCAGUAAAUGGUACAACCUUGAUGCGCCAGGGCCUAGCAUUAUUGAUCCUUCCCAGGAGGCGGUGUUUGCCAGUAAGUUCAACGCGAGGAUCUCCCUGGAUGGUGCAUAUCACAUGCUAGACGAGCCCACCGAGAAUUGCAGCGAUUUCAGGGCAUCGGCAAAGAAGCUUUGGAGACCGAGUAUUGGGAUUUUGGAGCUGGGGAUGUUGAAGGCAUCUGGGUUGGAGCCAAUGAGCAUGGGGGCUCGAAUCCAUGCAUAUUGUGUGGCUAAGUAUGGUCCCAAGUGGUGUCGCUCAAGGACAAUUGUGGAUAGUCUUUCUCCGGUGUGGAAUGAACAGUAUGUGUGGGAAGUUUAUGAUCCAUUCACGGUCAUUACUAUUGCAGUGUUCAACAAUAAUCAACUGGAUGCAGAGGAUAGUUCUAGAGGGGCAAUGGAUACUUUGAUGGGUAAGAUACGGAUUCGGCUAUCCACGCUUGAGCGUAGCAAAAUAUACACGCACUCUUAUCCUCUCAUAUGCUUGCAACCAUCCGGAGUGAAGAAGAUGGGAGAAAUCCAUCUGGCCCUCAGGUUUUCUUGGCCGUUUUGGUCUUCCCUCAAUAUGCAUCAAUUCUACAUGCUGCCUCUGUUGCCCAGACAGCAUUACAUUUCCCCAUUGUCUCCGGCUCAGAUAGAUAAUUUAAGAAACCAAGCGGCUCAUGUUUCGUCCGUGAGAUUGAGCAGUGCAGAACCGCCAUUGUGCAGAGAGGUGGUGUAUAAUAUGCUGGACGCGAGAUCAGACACGUGGAGCAUGAGAAAAGGUCAAGCUACUUUAAAGAGGAUCAAGAAUGUUGUAGGUGGCUUUGUUUCCUGGUGGAAGUGGUUGGAGGACGUCAGAUACUGGAAGAAUCCUGUUACGACCUCCCUUUUUUACUUGCUUUGCAUUCUCGUGCUUCUCUUUCCGGAACCAAUUGUGCCCCUGGGGACUUUCUACCUUCUUUUCCUUGGGUUGAAACGUUACUUCAAGAGGCCCAAGCAUCCUCCUUCCGUAGAUGCAGAAUUGUCUUGUCUUGACACGACAACCCCUGAGGAUUUAGAAGAAGAAUUUGACUUGUUCCCGAGUCAAUUUGGAGGGGAACGUUUGAGAAGGAGAUAUGAUCGACUGAGAGCCAUUGGAGGGACUGCGCAAAGAAUGGCAAAUGAGGUGGCAACCAUGGGAGAAAGACUUCAGUCUCUGAGAAGCUGGAGGGACCCCAGAGCCACAUCUUUGUUUUUGAUAUUUUGUUGUGUCUUCUACAUUGUAACACUUGUUCUUCCUGCUCGAUUUAUCAUCUUCCUUUGGAUCACAUUCUGUCUCAGGCAUCCCAGAUUCCGAAGUGUUCUGCCUUCGAUUCCCCAGAACUUCCUCAUGAGAAUGCCCUCCAAACGAGCUCUAAUUCUGUGA